AUGACCAACCCAACUAUUCGUGUUUUGCGACGUCCCAUUCAAGUCAUCCAGACGAAUGAGGAGAAUGUUUUGCCUGCAGUUCCGUCAAAAACUUUGGAAGAAAGGGAAGCUCAUUAUGCUUCCGUUCGACGUAGGAUAAUGGGAGCUGAAUCAGUUAAUAUUUCAAGUGAUUCGGACGAAUUUAUCGAUUCUGACAUCUCUCUGUACGAUAGCCUGCUUGAUGACCAUCAAGGGAAUUCGGACGAUACGGAAAAGGUUCAAAAUCUGAGCCAGAAUACGGUAACUACGACGACAUCUUUGCCAUCGCCGUCAGUUGAUACUUCAUCCACGAAGGCCUCUAUUCCUGCAUCCACCGCUGUUCCUCUGAUGUCGAUUCCCACGGCGGCACUGUCUUUUCCUACUUCGUUGGAGCGCGAUAGCCAUGCUUUAAAUUUUAUUUUACCUUCUCGAAUGCAUCAGGUGCCUCUUUUGGGUGCCCCCCAAAACUCUUCUUUGUCGUCGCAACAUCGUCAUUCGGAUAUACCGCUGUCGCGAGGGUUCGCUUGUCCAACAAAAAUGUUUAAUCCUCUCUCUUCGGCCCGGGUUCCACCACCGCAGCUGCCUCGGUCGCCGCUUACAUCCGCGCUUCCUCAAUCACCUGCCAAGCCGCUUAGUGUGCAUGAUAGCCUUCUGCGUCAGUAUCAGCUGCUUAAUUGGCAAUUACUCCAUCAGUCAUUUCAGCAGUCGCUACAGCAACAGCAGCAAAACCAUUUACACCAUCAGCAACAGUCAUUUCUGCCACCUCCCCUAGCCUAUGAAAGCGGAAUUUAUAAUCACCACAACUUUAAACAGGGGAUUCUCCAGGGUCCUAACUUCUUCCAGCCGUCGUCGAGCCAGGAGUCACGACGACCUACUGAUUGUGCGAUGAUGGCUCUACCACGACCCAGCCCUCGAGGUGGAUCUCAGGCCAUCAUCUCGUACCAUAGCAGCGUCGGUAAUGCUAUUGGAUGCUCUAUCUGCGGAUUGGAGCCCGCUUGGCCACGCUACUUGCUACCUCAGUUUUACUACAGGUCGGGUGUGGCCAGGUACACCGUCGAGGCUCCAAUAAACUAUCAUCAGUCCACAAGUGGCGCCACUCAAGAACCAAAAAGCGUGGUUAUUCUUUCCAAACCAGAGCGAGGAUCGACUGCCGUGUGUGAGGGGAUAAACUCACCCAGUGUUUGGUUUUGGUGUCACCUCGGCGAGGGCGAGGAGGCGGGAGGAGACCAACUCAUUACCCUCGCACCUCCCUUGAAGGCCAAGAUCUCCCCCCCCCCCCGUCUACGGCGGAUACGACCUCGGGCUGCCCACCAUCGAUCAAGCCGCCUUGAGGAUAUUCAAGAUCUUAUCGAGUCGUUUCUAAAGCUUCGUCUACGAGCUGCGUGUAUUGACUCGUUGUCAGAAUACACGCCCACUAAUUUUGUUUCGAACUCUUCGGCCAAAAAUCCACGCUGCUGGAAUGUGGUGUAUAAAAAGCGUGCAGCUGACUGGGAAUUCGUCUCUUUUUCCACCUCUUUUAAGGGACUUGUUGUUCGAGUGGAACUUCACAAACUCCCUCCCCCGAAUGAUGCAGAGGCUGUGGUAGUGUAUUGUGAACCGAGGGUUGCUCUGGAGCGCGAGAAGUUUCUAAUCCACGAAAUCCUUCAAACAGGCAAAUUCAUUUCCGACAUCAUCUUUCCUGCUAUUGAGGAGGAACUGAAAGAUUCGAAAAUAUUACCGUAUGAAGAUGUUUCCAAGGCCAAUUGA